AUGGAGAUUGAUACCAGUUCCAAAGAAAACCAGAUUUUGAGUAGGAAUAUAUGUGGUGAGGGUUUUCCGGUGGGGUUUUCUUCCUUUUCUACACUUUCACGCCGGAGUCUUGAGGGUCCUUCGAAUCCAUUUUCGAAGUUUUCUGCUCCAUCUGAUGACCCGUUUCAUCCAAAUCAGCUCUCCACACAAUCUGCAGAAGGUAGUGUAAAAGCCCAGAUCAAGAUGCAUGGCCUUCAACCAAGAAGAUUUUUGGAUUUAAAUUCUGAAGGUUCAUUGCAAACAAUGGAUCAGUGUCAAAUCAACGAACCAUUGAAUCUUAAGUCGUGCUUGGUUUUUGACAGUAAACUCGAAAGGAGAACCGAUUUGAAUAAUAAAACUAAGAAAUCCAAUGUAAUUAAAGCGCAAUGGACUCUUGAAGAAGACAGAGAAAGGUGGCACAACCAUUUAAAACCCGAUAUCAAGAAAGAUAAAUGGUCCGAAGAAGAAGACAUGAGACUAAUAGAAGCUCAUAAAGAACUUGGAAAUCGGUGGUCACAAAUUGCACGAAGAUUGUCAGAAUCUCUGGGAAACUCGUCCUUGCCUUCCAUUUCAUCGAAUGGUACAUUGGUCAAUUCGAUGCAGAGGGAGCAAAUUGAGAUGAAAUCUGAAUCUGAUGCUCGAAAGGAAGAGCAGUUUGAUAUGCAAAAGCAAAUGGAUUUUAUGGAAAUGUUGUCUUCUAGUUAUGUUUGA